AGCCUGGAGUCGAUUAGUGUAGUACCCGGAAUCCAUGGACAUGGCGGAACCAAAAGAUUUUGCUGGGUUCGGGUCCAUUAAGUCCCCACGCGUACGCACGGCGCACGUUAGAACUGUUCACCCACCCACUCCACCACCAGCAUUUUCUCCCCACCCGCCAACGCCACCAUCAUGACCCACUAAACCACCAAACACCACUGAUUCACCCCUCGCAAAACCCUAACCCUAAAUAAAACCCACCAUCGCCACCGCAGUACCAAGAACCCUCCGCCUCCGCCAUCAAUGGCAUUAGCCUCUUCGUCCUCUGCCCCGGACCACCCGCAACGACCAUCCCUUUCGGUCUCCUCCGCCGCCGUCUUCCCCAAGGCCCUUCCUCUCCCCACCGUCGCCUCCCCGGCGAAGAAACCCCUGCCUCUCCCUUGGACCCCCCUCGAGACCACUCAUCUCAUCGAAGCCUACCAAGAGAAAUGGUACUCCCUCAAGCGCGGCCAGCUCAAGGCCAGCCAGUGGGAGGAGGUCGCCAUCACCGUCGCCGCCCGCUGCGGCUACGAUGAACCCUCCAAGACCGCCACCCAGUGCCGCCACAAGAUUGAGAAGCUCCGCAAGCGCUACCGCACCGAAAAACAGCGAACUGGUCUGUCUCCUUGGCAGUUCUUCGACCUCAUGGACCGUAUGGAGCACGGACCUCUCCCCAUCUCUGCUCGUCCCAUGGCGGUCGCCGAAUUCCCCAAUUCUGAGGAGGAGAAUGAGAAUUAUUACAAUAAUGAUGAUUUUCUUGAGAAUUAUAUUAACAAGUCGAGGAGUAUUAAUUACAUUGUCCGCGCACCGUCGGGUGUGGAGAGCAAUGUUGGGGAUCGUAAGAAAUUGAGCAGCUUGAGAAACCCGAUGUUUCGGAGGCGGAGGAAGGUUUUUGAGGAUGCAGAGGAUGAGGAGGACGAGGAUGAAGAAGAAGAGGAGGCGGUGGUGGAGGAGAGGGAUGGGGAGGGAGCCAGAGGGGUGAUUUCGGAAUUGACAAUGGAGAUAAAGGGGUUUGCUGAAAGGUUUAUUAGGAUGGAGAAUAAGAAGAUGGAGAUGAUGAGGGAGACAGAGAGGUAUAGGAUGGAAAUGGAUAGUAAGAGGAUGGAUAUGAUUCUUGAUUCUCAGCGAAAGAUUCUUGAUACAAUUUCUAGGACUAUUGGUUCUCAUAAAAAAUUGAAGAUGGCUGAGGAUUGAGGAUAUGAAGGGACAGGGGAUCUCAAGUUGUGGAAGGAGGGCGGCAAUUGGUGAAUGCUGGCACGAAACCUUUAAUCAAAGCUUUCAUAGACAGAUCUUCAAGGUAAGCAAGCGGGCAAGGUUCACUCCCUGUGUUUCAGUUUGGGAAGCCAAUCUUGAACCCUGGUGCAUCGGUAGCCGACUUCAACCAUUUUCUUCAGGCUUGGUUUGUUUGUACCUGUCAAAAAUAUCCCAUCCUUUGGGGGCAAUGGCCGAGUGGGUGGAAGCAGUGGUCCAUCAGGGUUGCUGUGUAAGGCUCUGCCCAUUUCAAAAAUGCUUGAGAAGCUUCUAGGUUGGUAAAUUAAGUUCUAUUGGAACUCUUGAGUAUCCCUUGCUACAACCUUUAGCUUCCGUGAGAAGUCUUAGGAUGUGUACAUUUUAUUUUAGCACAUUUUCGUCCUGGGCAUUUCACUUGAUUUGAAUUAAUGAAUUUUAGUGCUCAGAGCCA